CACCUUCUUCUUCCUCUUCCUCUUCCUCCAAUCUCCAUCAUUUUACCACCAAAUUUUUGCAAUCCCAUCUCACAACAAGCUUUAAUCACCAUGAAGACUCCCUUCAAGAAACUCCGCGGCUUAGGGCUACACAGGCAUCAUCAUCAUCAACGCCAUAACAAUCUCGCUCAAUCGGACGAGCUUUCUCAGGCUUCCCAGGACAUGCUAGACAUGAAAGACUGCUAUGACAGUUUACUUUCAGCUGCUGCAGCCACAGCCAACAGUGCUUACGAAUUCUCGGAAUCAUUACGGGAAAUGGGAGAUUGUCUUCUCGAGAAAACCUCACUAAACGACGAUGAAGACAGUGGUAGAGUCUUGCUAAUGUUGGGAAAGGUGCAGUUUGAAAUCCAGAAUCUGGUUGAUCAUUAUCGUGCACAUAUUGCACGGACAAUCACAGUCCCUUCAGAGUCCCUUCUUAAUGAAUUGCGUAUAGUCGAGGACAUGAAAAGGCAAUGCGAUGAGAAGAGGAUUUUGCAUGAAGAAAUGAAAAUUAGACACAAAGACAAGAGAAGGUUGGGAAGCAGUAAAGGAGAAUACAUUUCCUCCCAUCAGCUGCGAGCAGCUCAGGAAGAAUUUGAUGAGGAUGCUACUUUAUUUGUUUGCCGGAUGAAGUCAUUAAAAGGGGGGCAAUCUCGUAGUCUUCUAACACAGGCUGCUCGCCACCACGCUGCUCAGAUGUGCUUUUUCAGGAAGGCUCUAAAAUCUCUAGAAGCAAUUGAGCCACACGUUAAAUUAGUAACCGAACAGCAGCAUAUUGAUUACCAGUUCAGUGGGCUUGAAGACGAUGAUAGGGACUCUGUUUUUCUUACUGAUGACGAAGAUGAUGAAGAUGAAAGUGAUGAUGAUCAUUACAUGCAUGAAGAUGGUGAAUUGAGUUUUGACUACCAGAGGAAUGAUCAGAAGAAUGAGGUUUCUAGCUCAGAAAACUCAAUGGAGUUAGAUAGUGCAGACCUUACAUUUCCACAAGUUGCUUCACUGAACUCGGUCAAGGAAAACGUGCGCAGGAAGCCCCUCUGGAACUCAUCUAUCCUCGAUAUAGAGCUCAAUGCAGGCAGCAAAUCAGCACCACUUUCUGCCAUGAAUAAUAUUGAAGCGAGUGAAACGUUUAGACAGAUGCGACAGUCAUCUGUCCGAAAGCUGAACACAUAUGUUCUCCCAACACCACUUGAGAAGAGUCCAAGAUUGGAUGCUCAAGGUCCUCGACCAACUAAUGAUAAUAUGUGGCAUUCAUCCCCUUUGGAGCAUAAGUAUGAAGAUAUUUUGAGGAAGGAGAAGAACUCAGGACCAACAGUCUCAAACACACACUCAGUAGUGAAGGAGAGCAACAAGAGUAGUAAAUCUGAUCCAUGCUCAUCUGUUAGACAUGCUUUCUCUGGUCCUUUGGCUGGUAGUGCACAGCCAAACAAGUCUCUGUCAUAUGCUAGUGGUCCUAUUGGAACAACUCUGCAAUCUUCUGGAUCUCUUUCAAGCAUCUCAAUACUUCGCCCAGCAUCAACUACCAAACUACCCUUGUCAAGUAAUAGUUUUGUGUCAUCGCCUAAAAUUAGUGAACUCCAUGAGCUCCCUAGGCCCCCUGCAAAUUUAGCCUCUAAGAUAUCUUUAAAAGCUGGCUUCUCGGCCCCUUUGGUGACAUUUAAAGGUGGGUCAGAUUUUAACGUUAUAAAUAAGUCUCCAGCAUCUACACUUGCAGUGCUCCCUGAGGCCAUUCAAUCCAUACCCACAGAAUCACAGAAUUUCAGAAGAGCCGAAUCGUCAAACCAUAGGUGAAGGAUCAUGGCACAUCCGGGUUAAAGCAGUUAUGGGGGAGAAAACGUUAAGUUUCAUAUUAUGAGGUAGACGCAUCAAACUGUAGAUAAACUCAUCAAUAUUUUUCACUCAUGUAAUUGGAGUACCAUCUUAGAGAAGCUCAUUUUAACUCUGUAGAGGUCAUAUUACUAAUAUUAUUUCCUGAGAUGUGGAGUUGUAAAACACAAGAAAGACAAAAAGAUAAUCAAACUUAAGGUAUACAGAACACACACCUACAUGA